GAACAUGUGAGCAGGGAAUGGACGAGUGGGAAAGGGAUUACACUAAACACAGAGACGCCGGAGGGCUGCUGAACAGGAGAGACGCGGGGACACCGUGGCAGCUUCAGUAAGCACUGUGACCGUCCCAGGAGGCUUUUCUUUUUUUUCUUCCUUUUUUUUGGUUUGUUUUGCGCAACAGAAAACGGGGGGGAAAUAUCUUGCCAAAGAUGAACACAAUCGUAUUCAACAAGCUGAGCAGCCAGGUCCUGUUCGAAGAGAAGGCGAAGGAGGUGGAAAUGAGCAGCAGAAAUUACUUAGAAGUAAUCGAUGGGCAACAUCCAGACCUCCUCUCCAGCAACCCAGCCAUCAAAGAUAACGCCGCUAUCCGACACAGAAGGACAGGGGGCCGGCCGAGCGGCGGGAAGGUGCGACACAAGCGCCAGGCGCUGCAGGACAUGGCGCGGCCGCUCAAACAGUGGCUAUACAAGCACAGAGACAACCCCUACCCCACCAAGACGGAGAAAAUACUGCUGGCCCUCGGCUCGCAAAUGACCUUGGUCCAGGUCUCCAACUGGUUUGCCAAUGCUCGGCGGCGACUGAAAAACACAGUGAGACAGCCGGACCUGAGCUGGGCACUAAGGAUCAAACUCUAUAACAAAUACGUGCAGGGCAAUGCCGAGAGGCUGAGUGUCAGCAGUGACGACAGCUGCUCAGAAGACGGGGACAACCCUCAGCGGACACAGACUGACCCUGGAGAGUUCAGCAAGCCAAUGUACCAGAGUGUUAUCAAGAAAGAAGGCUCCUCCAUGGUGGGCAUGGCCAUGGGCAUGGGGGCGGGGCUGCGGUCGGCCGCUGAAGCCGCCUCAUUGGCCGAGGACUACGUGUCUCCACCCAAGUACAAAAGCAGCUUGUUGCAUCGCUACCUGAACGACUCGCUGCGCCACGUGAUGGUGGCCAACGCCGUCAUGGACGCCCGCAGGAGGAACCACUCCGGGUCCUUCAGCUCUAACGAGUAUGAUGAUGAGCUGCUCUCACCCUCGUCCUCUGAGGCCGAAGCCAACUUUGUUUAUCGGGCUGAGACCAUGGACAAUGGAUCAAGUAAAUGUGACAAUGCCAGCGGUGGCGUCGGCGGCAUGCAGAGACAGAAGGUGAAGGGCAAAGACGAGACGUACUGGAAAGAGAUCAAUGCUGCCAUGGCCUUGACCAACUUGGCACAAGGAAAGGACAGCCCCUCGGGGACCACCAGCUGUAUCAUCCAGAAGUCUUCCCACAUAGCGGAGAUCAAGACUGUCAAAGUGCCGCUGGUACAGAAAUAUUAG